AUGUCGAUAUCGGAGCUUUCACAAGACUUGUUAGAGGAGAUACUCUGUCGCGUUCCUGCCAUAUCCCUAAAAAAGUUACGAUCUACUUGCAAGCUAUGGAACAGUUUAUUCAUCGACAAGAGGGUUAGGAAUGAACUUAGGCGAGUCACUGUAUCUCAAGUCUUUCACUGUGAUGGCUUAUUGUUAUACAUCAACGGAGUAGACACUAUAAUGGUUGUUUGGAACCCAUUUAUGGGACAAACGAGGUGGGUCCAACCCAUAGCUCGUGACCAGACCCAUAAAUAUGUUCUUGGAUCCUACCAAGACAUAAAAUCCCGCAUAACUAGCUAUAAAAUACUGAGAUACAGAUACACGUUAUGUGGCAGCAAACUAGCAUUCGAAAUUUGUGAGCUUUACUCUAGUUCUUGGAGGGUUCUUGAUAUCACUAUGGACUUCGAUCUUUAUCAUAAUUCCUGCGUGUCUUUGAAGGGUAAGACUUACUGGCUCACUUUCGAUAAAAAAGACCGGGAGCUCGAUAUGUUUAGUUUUGAUUAUGCAACAGAGAGUUUUGGAAAUCGUAUGCCUCUUCCCUAUCAGUUUCCUAGAUGUAGUUAUGAAACUGUGGCUCUAUCCGUUGUUCGAGAAGAGAAACUAUCCGUAUUAUUACAGCUCAGAGGUACAUCAAGGAAAGAAAUAUGGGUAACAAAUAAGAUUAAUGAGACCACUCAAGUCUUGUCGUGGAGCAAGGUGUUAACGCUGGAUAAUUCUGAUUUUGGUUAUUGCCCUGGACUAAGUUUUUUUGUCGACGAGGAGAAGAAACAAGUCUUGUGUUUUGAGAAAUGUCGUGUGUUCCACAUCCACACCAAUGAUGAGGUCUUCGAAAACAAAGUAUAUACUGUUGGGGAGGAUAAUAAAGUCACACAACUGCGUUUUGAACAAUCUUUCUGUCCUAAAAUGGAUCCAUAUGUGUUUGGUUAUGUUCCAAGUUUGGUUCAAAUCGAACAACCUCGACGCAAACGUAAAAGAGGUGACUGA